GUAACAACAAGCGGGCGCAGUACAGCGCGACCUUCGUGAGUAGCCAAGGUCACAUCCGGGGCCAGUUGCUCCUGCAAUUGUCCGCGAGAGUAAGUAUCCCCGCUCACACGCAUGUGCGGCACUCGCAUCGCACGCCGAGUACACCGCAAACCCGUCCGCAGUGCUUGUGAAUCUGCGUACGCUCCCCCGCCGUCGCAGAAUCCUCGGAGGUCGAACCAAUUGAAUACAGAUCGCGUCUCACGCCACAGGGGUGCCGCAAUGAUCUUGGUUGCGCCACCACGACGUGUAUGCAUCGCGUGGGUGCGCGUGCGCUCUGAGCCCAAGAUGACGGGGAAAAACCUGCUGGAUAAGGAACAAAGCUCGGUUGCGAAGUUUUGAUUGAGUGACAUUUUCGGAAGCAGCUUGUCAAAAACUUAAAAGGCACGUUACUAUCACGUGACAUAGUUCAGAUCGGCGCUUCCAGAUGGAAUACAGAGCCAGG